AUGCUUACAAUUUUAUCUUCACUCUCGCCAAUCUGCAACCUCUCGCCACGACGUGCCGGUCCGCGACAAGCGAGCAACCAACGCCACGGUGUCACCGUGAGAGCUACGCCUCAAGAAGCGGGUAAGCAAGUCUUCGGCACAUCCAUGCUUAUCUCAUCCAUGAACACCGUGCUUCCUGCUCUUGCCAUCGUGGACGAUAGACUCAACGGCGAUGGCACUGGUUUACCGCUCGGCAUUAAUGAUGGUGCGUUGGGUAUUAUCUUGGCGUCCGUUCCCUUGGCCAUUUUCAGCCUGUACUUCAUCGCUGGUAAGCAAGAUGCUGGCAUUGAAAAUGGUGGCAAGAACGAUGAUAGUGGGCUCUCCUUGUAA